CAUACACCCAACAUCCAUCUCUAUUGCAUCAGGAAUCAUGAGAAAACCGAGAGACACACUGUGGAGAACCAUGUUUGUGCUACUGGGCAUUGGUUUCAUCUGGUGUCUAAGUUUGACAUAUUACUUCCUGAGCAAUUCGGAACAGGAGGGCAUCAGCAUGACCGGUCACAACAAACUGAGGCAGCAUGGCACAUUGAGGAUAAAAACAGCCAGGCCUGAAGAAAUAAUGAAGAGUAUUGUCAAGUUUGUGGAAGAAAUCCUCAACAUGGUGGGAUCCUCUGACGAUUUCUCUCCCCUGCCUCCCUUGAAGGACUACAAGGAAGAACUACAGUCACUCCAGAUUAAAAUGGAGGCAGAAAAAGAGAAAGGACAGCUGAGGAAUGAGAUGCUGAAGGAGCUGCGUUCUGAUAAACUCCACCUGCAGCAACAAGUGGUUCACAUGGAGAAACACCUAAAGCUACAGGCAGAAAAGGAGGAGAACAAUGUCCAACAACUCAAAUCUGUCUCUCCCCUGCCUCCCUUGAAGGACUACAAAGAAGAACUACAGUCACUCCAGAUUAAAAUGGAGGCAGAAAAAGAGAAAGGACAGCUGAGGGAUGAGAUGCUGAAGGAGCUGCGUUCUGAUAAACUCCACCUGCAGCAACAAGUGGUUCACAUGGAGAAACACCUAAAGCUACAGGCAGAGAAGGAGGAGAACAAUGUCCAACAAGUCAAAUCUGAUGACCAAAUCAAAGAGGAUGAAAAUUGCCCACUGCCACCCAUGGAUGGAUUCCCACACUGUAAGGAGAAACUGAAGUGGCUGGGGGAGAUGUGGAGGACUGACCUUUGCUACAGCAAUUAUGGGGUGAAUGGGUCUCUGUGCUCCAUCCUGAUCUACCUCAGUGAGAUAGAGUCCUGGUGUCCUGUGCUUCCAGGCCGAGUAGCUCUACUGGAAAACUCAGAGGCGGUGUCUGACCAUGUAGUGGUACGGGAAAGUCUAACAGGUCUGUAUCCAUCUCUGGAGAAGAGAGUCCAGUUUCGUUGGAUUCACCAAAGAAUUCGUAGUAUGGAAGACAUUUGGGUCAAGGCUGGACGCUCUCUGUCAGCCAAAUACAACCUCACAGAGAGGAAAGCUAAACAGAUUCUGGUGCAUCCCGGAGUAGUGACAGAUGAAUCGGGUGUUAGAAUAGCAGAGGCUGCCUUCAGUGGGGGCCCUCUUGGGGAACUAGUCCAGUGGAGUGACCUCAUCUCCACACUUCACAUCCUAGGUCACCAUCUUCACCUUACUGCCUCCAUACCCGACCUCAAGCAUUUCCUAGGGAUCAAGACAGGUGGCUGCCCAACUCAUAAAAAAGUGGAGGCAAACCUGAUCUAUACAGAUAUUAUCGGCCUUAGACAGAUUCAGGCAAUACUACAGGCAUCGUGGAUCAAAUACAGUUUUGUGAGUGUAAUUGUGUACCUGUGUCUGACAAUAAGGUGUAGGAUUCGUGUGUUGGAUACUUUCGGCACUGAGCCAGACUUCAAUCAUGUAGAUUGGGCCAAAGAGCACAACCUUAAGAGCCCAUUUGGCAGCCUGAACCUGAUUCCAAUGCAGUUCUACACCAUGUUCCCUCAUACACCAGACAACACCUUUCUGGGCUUUGUGGUGCAGCACCAGUGGAGCUCUGAAGAAACUGAGCACUUAAAGUCUACCAGAAGACAAAACCAGGCACUUGUGUAUGGCAAGAGAGCCACGUUUUGGGAGGGUAAAGGGGCAUAUAUGGAUGUUAUCCACAAGUACUUGGAGAUCCAUGGGACGGUCGAUCAAAGUGCUGGGAUUCCAGGCUAUGUGAAAAACCACGGCAUUAUCAAAGGCACCGAGGUUCAGGCCCUGUUGAGACAGAGCAAGGUUUUUGUCGGAUUGUCUUUCCCAUAUGAAGGCCCCGCCCCAUUGGAGGCCUUAGCCAAUGGCUGUGCUUUUCUGAACCCCAGGUUACACCCUCCGCAAAGUAGCCUGAACACCGAGUUCUUCAAGGGAAAGCCCAACAUCAGAGAGGUGACAUCCCAGCAUCCUUAUGCCGAGGCCAUAGGAGAGCCCUACGUAUGGAUGGUAGAUAUGCACAACUCCACAGAUGUGGAGAGAGCUCUCACUGCUAUCCUCAAUCAGACUAUUGAGCCCUACCUUCCCUAUGAGUUUUCCUGUGAAGGGAUGCUCCAGAGGGUCCACAUCCUGAUAGAAAAACAGGACUUCUGCAAUAGUACAGGGAGCUGGCCCCCACUGAGUGCACUCCAGGUUGUGAAGGCAGAGGCGAAGACUUCCUGUAAACAGGCGUGCCAGAAGAUGGGGCUGAUCUGUGAACCUGCAUUCUUUCCCCAUCUUAACAGCGCCGACAAUCUUGCCAAAUAUGGUGUAGAUUGUCAAACAUCAGAGCUUUCUGACAGUCACUUGGUGUUUCCAGCCUACAACAGCAGUAGUAAACACUGUGUGUUCCAGUCUGACCCCCUGCUCUUCAGCUGUGUGAGAUCAGACCAGUCCUUGAUUCGCAUCUGCCCCUGUAGGGACUACAUUAAGGACCAGAUAGCCUUAUGCCAGGCAUGUAUCUAACUGCUGGAUAGAAAACAAUAUGUACAUAAAUGGCAAUAAAAAUUAUUUAUGUGGGUUUUA